UUCAGCGAGUCGUAAGUGUGUCCCCAUCAUUAGUCUGCUAUCAGUGGCUCAAACCUCCGUUACUAUAACUCUAAAAUGAUGUUUUGGAAUUAGCUACGGAGGCAUGGGAUUAGAUACGUAAGAAAUUAGUCCUAACCCUAACAGGAAUGUACGUUUAAAUGGGUUAGUUGUGUUUAAUCUGUUAUUUGAACUGCUUUAGAAAUGAAAGCUUGAUUUUGCUCAGCAACAGAUGACGCAUGUAGAAAGAGCGUCUGAUUGGUCAGUGGUUUGAGAUGUUGGUCACAUGAAGAUGAACAGUGUUUCGGCUCUCUCAGUGGUGAUAGAGAGAGAGUGUGUGUGUGUGUGUGUGUGAAGAUGUCAGUGCCAGGGCUCUGGAGUUUUCAGCACAUUCUCAUGCUGUCCGUACUCACGGGAGCAGCGGAUGGCUAUUAUUUCCACCAGUGGACACAAUGCAUCUACAGCUCCCCUGAUCUCAGUGACAUGGUGUACAUUGAAGGCUUCUACUUCAAUAAAUAUCCAUUUGUGAAGUUCAACAGCACCGUGGGGAAGUUUGUGGGGUUUACUGAGUUUGGAGUGAGAAUCGCAGAGAACUAUAACAACGACCCAGGCAUAUUACAGCAAACCAGGGCUCAAGUAGAUGUGUUCUGCAGGCAUAAUGCUGAAGUCACAGAAGCAGCCGUCUACAACAAAACAGUGCAGCCGAGGGUGAAGCUCCGCUCAGUGAUGCCGGGCGAUGACACACACCCCGCUCUGGUCAUGUGCAGUGUGUACGACUUCUACCCUGAGCGGAUUAAAGUGUCCUGGUAUGAGGACGGUGUGCUGGUGACGUCUGAUGUGACCAGCACAGAGGAGCUGCCGAAUGGAGACUGGCUGUACCAGAUCCACUCCGAGCUGGAAUACACUCCUCGAGCCGGACAGCAGAUCUCCUGUGUGGUGGAGCACGCCAGCUUCAGCAAGCCCAUGGUCUACCACUGGGACCCUCCUGUCCCGGAGUUUGAGCUGAAUGUUGAACUCUUAUUGGCCGUUGAAACUGCCGGACUGAUGCUGGGAAUCACCACCGCCGCGGCUGGAUUCAUUUACUACAAGAUCAGAACUGGGCUGUGAGGAGAAGAUCAUAGUACCACGUUAAUGGUGACUGCAGGUCUUCAUCCUGACUGAGAGGAGCCUCAUCAUCUUCAACUCUUCAACGGAUGUUUCAUAAUAAACACGAUGAUGAAAACCGUU